UUAGAUGGGAUAACCCCCCUUGCCGCUGCCUGUUGCUGAGUGGAAAACAGCAGAAGAUUUGGGAUCUCAACCUCCACAGAGUAUUCAUCGGGCUGUGUUUUGUUUCCUUUCCUUUUCCUAAAGAAGAUGAACCAUGAAACCACAACCCUGAUAUCCUUGAAGGAAGCAAUGAAAAGAGUAGACAACAAGCUCCAAGCUCUAGACACACAGUUUAAAGAACUAGACACCAUCAAGGAUAAUCUGACACUUCGAUUUGAACACCACAGCAAGACUUUGGCAAGCCAAGCAGCCCAAGACGAGAUAUGGACAGCAGCUCUGGCCCUGGGGUUCACCUCAAUGGAACUGAAUAUUUUAUACAGCUAUGUCAUCGAGGUCCUCAUUUGCUUGCACACUCGAAUGCUUCAGAAGCUUCCAGACCUGGUGAGAAGUCUUCCGACUUUAGCCUCUGUUCUUAGAAGAAAGACCAAGAACAAGCACAUUAGAACUGUGUGGGAGUCCAUCCUGGAGGAGUAUGGGCUGCGAGAGAGAGAUGUCACAGCACUCUGUACCUUCUUUGUUGUACAUGGAAACAAAGGAGAACACUAUACCGCUAAUGUAAGACGGAUGCACAUCAAAGAUGUGUCCUUCAUGAUCACCAACAUGGUAACGAACCAGGCUCUACAGGAGGGUCUGCUUAGAGCUGUUCAGAUCAUCGAGAAGGGGAAAGCAGCAAGGACCCCUGAAACCUCAAGGGCUCCGCUGAAAGAGCUGAUGCCCCCAGUUAAAGGCUAACCUGUUACCUCUGACCCAGCAGUUCCCCUUUCAGUCAUUUGUAUUGUAAAAACAACAAAAAAUGCAUACUUUAAUUUUUUUUAUUUAUAUGAGUACACUAUAGCUGCCGUCAGACACACCAGAAGAGGGCAUCAGAUCCCAUUACAGUUGGUUGUGAGCCAUCAUGUGGUUGCUGGGAAUUGAACUCAGGACCUCUGGAAGAGCAUCUCUCCAACCAUCUCUCCAACCCUACUUUAAUUUUUAUAGGCUUAUUUUAUAGCAAAAGUGGAAGGACUGUUAAAUAAAUUAUGACAAAUUGAUACAAUGAA